GAAAUCCUCAGUCUACAAAUGAUGCUGGAAAAUAAAAAGAACAAUCCAGAUGAGGUCCUCCAGAAGGUGUUUGUGCACCCAAAAGGUGUUUUACUGUGGUCAAUAAGGAGCAUAGAAAUAUUCCAGGAAAGAUGCAAAGAGGACAUUGUUUAUUUGGAUGCCACAGGCAGCAUAAAAAAGAAAGAGAAGGGCUCUCCUCCUUUCUAUGUAUAUGAGCUGGUCGUCAGGAAUCCCCAGAAGGGCUCCCCUCCCUUUCCAGUUGCUACGUAUCUGACAUGUGAUCACACCACGGCCUCGGUUACCUAUUUCCUUGAGGCAUUUCUAACAGACGUAGCAAGGAUUUACGGACGGGAAGCCAUGCGGUCUCCCAUUAUGCUUGUCUGUGAUGGGUCGAUGGUACUGAUGCAGGCAAUCUGUUUUUCCUUUGCAAAGAAAAAUCUGCAUGACACUAUCAACUGCUACUAUCAGAUUGCCAGUGGGAAAGCAACAAAAGCUGACUUUAAGGUGCCUGUUUUGCAUCGCUGCCUGAGUCACAUCAUGAAGAACGCCAAGGAAAUGUGUAAAAAAUAUGCACCAAAGAACUACCAUCUGGCCAUGCAUGUGUUUGGUCUCCUCACAACUGUAAGUAGCUUGGAAGACCUUGAAGACAUGGUGCAAAGUACAGCAGUGGUGUUUUCAAGUCCGUCCAGUGGGGCGAAUGUUUCCAAACAUUUUAACAACCUCCAGUCAUGGCUGUUAAAGAAAGGACUUCAGUUGGAUGACACCGUCAUCUCUGAAAGAAAACCUGGAAACUUAGAGGAAAUCAAAGGAAGGAACAACUUUGGGAAAAGAUACAGCAAAGUCAUUUCCAAAGCUCCACUUGACAACAGUGGUGAUCCCAACAGCUACUACUGUAAAGGCCUUGUGGGUCACAUCAACCAGUACCUUCUUCCCUAUGCUGGAUUGUGGAGCGGGAUAAUGCUUGGUGACCUGGGACGACAUGGGACUGGAAAAGCCUAUGAGGACUACAGCAGAAGAUACAAUGUGUUGAAAAACAAGAAAACACAAAACAUAACGGAGGACAACAAAACACAAGGCAUCAUGGAGAAGAGCCAAUGGGAUUUAAAACAUAUCCGCAUAUCACGCAGCCUCACCAGAAUGGAUGACUUUGUUGUCCAAUACCAAGAAAAACACAGUGCUAUGCUGAAGGAGUAUGCAGACUUUCGAAAAGAAAGACAUUCAGAGUGUUGGUGGAGAAAUGGAAGGAACGCAAGCCAAAGAAAAAGGGGCGUUAUGUCACUGCAAUCCGCAAGCCGUUCCCGUUCAAAAGUUUGGCCAAGAAGGUAGAUUCCUCAGUGAAUGAGGAUGUCUUGGAAACACCCAGUGAUAUCUCUGCCCAGAAGCAAAGUUCCUCCAUGCAGGGGGACCACAACAGUUUGUCUUCAAAUCUCACCUCAUUAUGGAAGAAGAACGACACAGAGGUUGUGGUUUCCAUUCUCCCCUCCCAGACAAAAGGAAAUGAUAUCAUUAUCCACCACAGUGAGCUACGCACGCUUCGACCUCACGAGUGGCUAGCAGGGGAGAUAAUGGAAGGUCUGUUGCAAAUGGCUGCAAGCGAACAGGACAGGGGUAAUACCAUCUAUAUUAUGAACCCCUACACAGCACAAGUGAUACUGUUUGGGGGAAAUCACCAGGUG